ACACAUCAAAAGGUUAUGUCAUCUAUGAUGCGAGGCAUGCAGUGAAAUCGAGGACACUGCAAAGUGAAAUGUGGCACACUGCCUCGCGGGCUCGUAACACUCUCUCGAAACCGUAUACAGCCGUUCACACUACACACAUAGCACGUGUGGUUCUCGGGUGCAGUUGGUGUCCAGCACCGAAACGACAGACUUGCUUUGCGGCAAGGACUACACGGGCACCAAGAGCAUGGUCAAGGCUAGCUCGUCUCUUACGCUGCGCUGGACCGUGUCCGCCCGGGAGGUUCUCAAGCGUCUCGGUGGCUUCGAGAUCGUAAUCACCGGAUUCCAGCAGCCCGAGUCCAGCGGCUGUGGCAAGGGCAUGUCCCGCUGCUCCAACGAUCGCUGCGUCUGGAGCGGCUUCAAGUGUGACGGCAAGGACAACUGCGGUGACUUCAGCGACGAGCGACUCUGCUUCGCGGGCAAGCAGGACUUCACGCUGUACCUGAUCGCGCUAUUCGUCAUCUCGCUCAUGCUUCUGGCCAUCGGCGUCGUCUUCAAGAUCAUGUACAACAAAUACCCCGUCGCGAUCGCCGGAAGUGCGGAGCCCGCGGCGGGAACCGACGUGAACCGCGAAGGGAUGGUGCAGACCGUGCUGCUGCCGGGACCCCCGCCCGCCAUGGUGGUGCGACGGAAGGGCUCGCAGCACGACUCCGUGUCUCGCUCAAGGGCCGGGAGCAUCGUCAAAUGACGCGCCCGCUACGCGCUGUAUGACGUAUAUCGACGCAUCCAUGCGCAACGAAAUAAAAUUUACGAAACGAGCUGUGUCCAAAGCGUCCCGCUCGAUCUCGAAGGUUUGAGCGGACCUGUUCGCCGUCGUGGUUUGGACAUGCGUGCCUUCCCGGGACAAGGACUACCAUAUAAUGGCGGUCAGUGCACUACGCAAAACAAGGGACAAAAAAAAAAAAAAGUCCGAGGACACCUAAGCACAUCCUGUGAGUUGUGAAUGCGAAAGCAUUAAUGUACAAUUGAACGCCGCUAGCAGUCCUUCCAUUUAUAUGAACUGGGAACUCCGUCGAGGCGUUUUGUGACGUGGCGUCGCAGCCAAUGAGAAUUUAGGUGACGUAUCGCUGCUACAGACGCGGGACGCCGGCUUUUUUUAUCAUUGAGCCAUUUAACGCGCUCGCAUAAAAAAAAAGAACAUAACGAGUACACAGCGCUUUCGUCCAACUAAAUUUUAUUGGAC